UCGAAUUUCUUUCGAAUUUAUGUUUUUUUUUUUGGUUUUUUUUAGUUUAAAGUUUAGGGUUUUAGGGUUUAAUGUUUAGAAUUGAUAACAAGUAUGGUUUAUCUUCGAAUUUAUGUUUUUUUUUUUGGUUUUUUUUAGUUUAAAGUUUAGGGUUUAAUAAAAUCAGAAGAGCAGAGAAAGUAGUGAUUAGAUUGUAAACAUCUAGUAGUCUAGUGUUUAUCUAGUACUUUGCAUUGACCUUUGGCAUGGCUUCAAAUUGAAUAGUUAAUUUUAUGCAUUCGGAUGCAUAAAUUCUAUGUUAUUAGUCAUUAUAUAAGCGUUGUUGCAUAAACUUAUCAUUGCAGAAAAAUGCCCAACUCUGCUAUCAGAAAAUGUGCUCGUGUGCAGUUGAUUAAGAAUGGAAAAAAGAUUGCUGCUUUCGUGCCCAAUGAUGGUUGUUUGAACUUCAUUGAGGAAAAUGAUGAGGUGUUGAUUGCUGGAUUUGGUCGUAAAGGACAUGCUGUGGGAGAUAUUCCUGGAGUCCGAUUUAAGGUUGUCAAGGUUGCUGGUGUCUCUCUUCUAGCUCUGUUCAAGGAAAAGAAGGAAAAACCCAGGUCCUAGGUUAAGAAUAUUCCUCAGAAGUUCAUGGAGUGUUUCAAGGAGAAACUCUCCCCGUGGUGUACACUUAUAGCGCCAAGUAAACACAAAUGGAAAAUCAGACUCUCGAGUACAUAUGAUGAAAGGCCAUUUGUGUUUACAGAUGGAUGGAAACAGUUUGUUCGUGACAAUGGAGUGGAAACAAAAGUACUUCAUAUCGAAUAGGCGGGAUCUUAAACCUAGAGAAAAGAAAAGGGCUUCCAAGAUGGCAGAGUGUUAUAGGCGCAGCAUGAAGGAUAAUAAGAGAGUGUUUCCUGUGUUUCAGAUAGCCAAAAGUACUUCAUAUCGAAUUUAUGUUUUUUUUUUGGUAUUUUUGGUGUUUGAGAAUUGGGACUUUAUACUUUUAUAGACUUUAUGUAGUUU